UUCGUAGUUCGUCUAAACCAAUUUAGCCGCCGACACAGCCAUUCGCGUGCUCCCAGCGCGCAAUCGUCAAGAGCGACAGUCGGUACAUACAUAUACAGUAUAUAUUUUCGUCGGUCUCUCCACUUAUCGACCUUACAUUUAUUAACAGUUGAACGGAAACACUUAACACAUUCGUACACAGAAAUUUCGUGUUUUCCUCUUACGUUGUACGCGCGCGCUGGUGUACGCAAAAGCUCCAAAACGAUACUCCAUUAGUUUCUACUGCCACUGCUGCACCCGCACACACACACACACACACGUGCUGACGGCGGCAGCACAUGUUCUGACCAUUAUGGAAACCGGCGGCGGCGAACACCUGCACAUAAUCGAUCAGCUGCAGAGCACCGUACAGACGAUCAUACGGCAUUUCGGCGGUGAUAAUAGCUAUGCACGGCGCCUGGUCGAUAAGAUACGCGCGGUGCAGGAGAAGGUGGAGUCGUUAUCCGGUCAGGAGCGUAUUGAAUUUUUGCACAACGCUAAAGACACCCUGCGCAAUACGAUCGAGCAUGCCGAGCAAAAGCUGAUGCAGUAUACACAUUUUCAGCAGACCUACAAUUAUUCGAUUGUAGCGGCGCUACUGUUUACCGUGAUAUUAGUGAUUGCGCUCUUCGGCUACAAGGUAUACAAGUCGCUGACGGAGAAGGAGCGUAUGAAGAAAGAGAAAUUGAAGUCCAAACAAGCCAAAAAGUCAAAAAAGACAAAUUAAGUUAGACAAUUCAAAAUCAUUUAUUUAAAUUGUAAUUACUUAAUUAAUACACAAACAAACAAAUAAACAAACAUACAUACAUAUUAAACAUGACAUUCUAAACGGGAAUAAGUCAAAUUUUAAUUUUUCUUUGCUUUUCAUGACACUUUUAUAUAUAUAUUAUUAUUAUGUAACUACAUAAAAUGUAAACAUAAUCAAAUUUAUGUGAUUGCACUGAAUUAAAUUUUUAAACAGAAACAAUAACUGUAGUGUGUUUUGAAAACAAAAGAAAAACAUAAAUAUAUAAAUACAAUACAUAUACGAAUUGAUUAUACAAAGAAACACGCCAACAAACACAAAAAAAAAACAACAAAACGGCACAAAGGCAUAAGUACGUAGUAUUUUAUAUAGGUAUGUAUUCAUAAACAUAUUUCAAAUUAUAGUUUGUUGUAGUACUGAUUGUAGCGAAGAGAAAAUGUGUGUAAAAAAAAGGCACUCAUGAUUUAAAGGCGGGCGUGAGCGUUAAAAAGCAACAGUGUGAGUGUAUGUAAUUAUAAAAUGUGGUGUAGAAGUACAUACAUACAUAUGUAAUCGUAUGCCGAUUUGUUUGUACCACUUUUUGGCGCCAAUUAUAUAUAUAUAUAUAUACACGUAUAUAUAAUAUAUUGUAUAUGACAUACUAUAUAAAU